CUACUCCACCAUCAAGUACCAGGUUACCCACACCAUUUUUUCCAAGAUGGCGAUCAAAGAAUUAUAGGGCUGUCGUUUAGCGGGGCGAUCGGAAUUUUACUCGUUGUUUUGGGCUGUGCUUUGAAAGACUAUGGAAUAUGGUGGCCGAUGUUUGUGUUAUUGUUUUAUUUGCUAGCACCAUUACCAACAAUUGUAGCCAAAAGAUUCUCUGAAGACUUCUCUUCCAAUACGGCAAAUGUAACAAAAGAAGUUGCCUUCUUCCUCACAUCAGGAAUAGUUGUCUCUGCAUUUGGGCUACCUAUAGUCUUGGCAAGGUGCAACAUCGUUAAAUGGGGUGCAGUUGGUUUAGUUAUGUCUGGAAACAUAUUCAUUUUCGGCACAAUAUUGGCGUAUUUCAUGAUAUUCAGUGGAGACGAUGACUGGGGUUUCUAAAACAUUCAAAAAGCAUCACUAGAAAUCUAUCCUUUCAGUUGAKCCAGUUGUUGAGUGGUUUCCACUUGAGAGUGCCCAAGGGUGGGAUAACCAUAAGAUGGAUACGUUCUCUGCCCCCUUCCACUUCUCUGACCCCUGUUCUAAGCCUCCAUAGCUAAGAGAGCACGACUAGCUAGUCCUAGAAAAUAUCUAUACUUGGCCCUGAAAGGGGGAACUGAAAUUCUUGGGGAGGUAGGGUGGAGAUCGUUGCUGGAAAAUAUUGACUUAUCUUGCUUUUUCGGUAGGGUGAAUCAUGUAUUUAAGAAUAUGCACCUUUUUGAACAAUUUACAAUAUUGUCAAUUUUUAGACCAACCAACUAAUUCCAAGCUAGGAAGGGGGUGCUCCAACACCCAUAACUGACCCCYAAGUGUAUUACUAAAGGGUAUAUUAUUUCUGUGUUUGGAGUGAGAGGGUGAAGACUUUUGGUUUGUCUCAAAURGUAACUGCUUAACUAACUCAACUGUUAGUUGUAUUUCAAAAUUCAUGUCUGCAGUAAAGUACAUCAUUGAUAAUGCAUGGAAGUGAUGCACUGUGCAGUAUAGUAUAUACUGGUACAACUUUUUCUGUCUGGUCUAGAACAUUAAGCUGUACUUUAAACAAACACCUGACUAACAGACACCUGACUGGAAUCAGGAAACACUUUCGUAGUGGCGAGCAACAUAUUGAUUGUAAAUACUGGUAUCUAUCAAGCUAACUAGCUAAGUUAGGGACGACUAUAUCCCCCCCUCCCCCCACAUUAUUCUAUAUUAAAAACAAAAAAUUUCAAGUAAACAUUUAAUAAUUUGCAAAUAGAUGUAAUUAGGAUAUCAAUGCUAAACCAAAAAACUAGCCUUUAUGAGUGUGAAUUUUGCCA